AACAAUUUGGAACGCUAUAUAUCAGGCGGCGGCAACAGCAAUAGUAAUGAGCUGUGGAAGCAGCAAUCGCAGCCGUAAUCGCAACGCGGCAGGUUGACAUUGCGCUGUCCCGUGAAACAGAACCGUCCCAAAUGCGGAGCAGCGACCACAGCCCGUAAACAGUAGUCAUAAUCCGAUCGCAGCGAUACGAGCUCCAGACUUUCGACACGAUGCAGUUUGUGGCCAGCGAACAUCCGCACCGUCGCCUUAACCUGACCGGACAAUGGGUCCUCGUCUGCCCACAUCGAACCCAACGACCGUGGUCGGGUCAACAGGAAAAGGCGCAAAAGAACGAGCUUCCCGAAUUCGAUCCUAGCAAUCCCCUGUGCCCCGGUGUAACCAGACCCAACGGAAUAGAAACUCCUGCCUACGAGAGCACCUAUGUGUUCGAAAACGACUUUCCAGCGUUGGUUGAGGGUGUGCCGGUGCCACCCAACAGCGAUGAUCCCCUUUUCCAGACAGCCGGUGCCCGGGGCAACUGUCGUGUGAUGUGCUUCCAUCCCAAAUCGAAUCUAACAUUGCCCACUAUGAGUGCACCGGAAAUUAACAUUGUUAUCGGCGAGUGGAUUAACCAGUUCAAUGAGCUAAGUGCCAAAUACGCGUGGGUGCAAAUAUUCGAGAACAAGGGCGCUGCCAUGGGUUGUUCCAAUCCCCAUCCGCACUGUCAGAUCUGGUCUUGCUCGUUUCUGCCAACGGAACCUCAGCUGAAGCAGGAUCGUCUUCGUGCCUACUACGCCACCAACGACCGACCGAUGCUGGCGGACUAUGUGGAGCGAGAGCUGCAGCGGCAGGAACGGAUCGUGAUUGAUAAUCCCGACUGGCUGGUGGUGGUACCCUUCUGGGCCACCUGGCCCUUUGAAACCAUGCUCAUCUCCCGCAACAAUAAUAAGCGAAUCAACGAUUUGACGCUGGAACAACGCCAUAACUUGGCGGUGACCAUCAAGGAGCUGACCACCAAAUACGACAAUCUUUUCCAAUGCUCCUUUCCCUACUCAAUGGGCUGGCACGGUGCACCGACAGGACCAGAGCACGCCCACGCCUCAAGCGCCCACUGGACCCUGCAUGCCAUCUACUACCCUCCACUCCUGCGCUCGGCCACCGUGCGCAAGUUCAUGGUUGGCUUCGAGCUACUGGCCAUGGCGCAGAGGGAUCACCCAGAGCAGGCAGCCCAACGCUUGAGGGAAGUAGAUGGUAAGUGUCAUUACCUUCAAAAGUGAUUGUCUCUUGGAUUAGUACACUUUUUUAUAUACCCUGUCUUCACAUUAUUUUUGUAAGCCUCGACGAGCUUUUCAGCUGCAUCCAAUUAAUAGAUAAACAGAACGUAACCAACAUA